UUCCUCUCCGCACAUGGAAACUCUCUUAUGCGGAGAUAAUAAAAAGACUCCAAUCCCCAGCGAGAACAACUACUCUCCCUCUUUUUUCAUCCUCGCCAAACAGGGGGAGUAGUCACAGCUGGAAGGAUAAUGAGAUGCGCAUGAAUUUACAAUCUGGAAUAAGGGAUUAGAUAAACUAAAUGGACCGCACGGUUCGUCUCGGCGAACCUGAAUGAAGAAUUUAAGCUGCUGUUCGUUAGAUGUAAAACGACGACGCUGCGCCUUUUUUUGCGUGUGACGUCCAAAAUCGAAAAAAGCUAAAGAAGGGACCAAACUUCAGGCUUAGCUUUCUCUCUGUGGAUGGAGUUGAAAAGUUUCAUCUUCAGUUGUCUCACAAUGGAAAAACAAGCGCCCUUCGCUGGAAGUGGAGGCUUCCUCUGGUCAGAGUGGAUUACUGACUUUAGAAAAAAGAAGGAGCAAAACUCCAGGAUAUGAAGUUUGUUGCAGCAGCCUGUGGAUUGUUCAGAGACCUUCCCUCCCUCACCUGGCCCACCUCUUGAACGAUUCAUGCAUUUUCUGAGCUCAGGUGGGUGGGUAGCAUCCUCUCAACAUCAUUUUUGUGAGUCAGUGACACUUAAAUUAAAAUUAUAUGCCGCUGACUCAUUACUACUGAUGAGGAGCGCACAUUUCCCGCGCGACAAGCCCAUCCACAGAGACCGUGCUGUGCUUCUCCCUGCCAGCCUUCACUGAAUCCCAUCGUUCAGCGUUUUCUCACGUCACAACUGGAAGAAACCCAAUGUCUGCCUCCUCUCCCCCAUCCUUUCCUCGGGCCUUCCUGCACUCGCUCCAUCCACUCCACCCACCCUCGCCGGGAUCGCCUGGACCGCUCUACCAGCGGCUCUCCAACGGGAGCCACAGCGCCCCAAGUCCUACCAACUCCCGUAGCUCCUUCCAUGGGGUCUCCUUCCUGCUGCAGAUCGGACUGACCCGGGAGACCGUGAACCUGGAGGCCUGUGAUCUCUCGCUGUCCGCAGUCAAGGACCUGGUGUGCUCCAUAGUUGAUCAGAAGUUCCCAGAGUGUGGUUUCUUCGGCAUGUAUGACAAGAUCUUGCUGUUCCGCCAUGACUUAAAUGAUGAAAACAUCCUGCAGAGGCUGACCUCAGUAGAAGACAUCCAUGAAGGGGACCUCAUCGAGGUGGUGCUGUCUGCUCAAGCCACAGUUGAGGACUUCCAGAUCCGACCUCAUGCCCUCUACGUGCACUCCUACAAGGCCCCCACCUUCUGCGACUACUGUGGGGAGAUGCUGUGGGGUCUCGUCCGCCAGGGGCUCAAAUGUGAAGGAUGUGGGCUGAACUAUCACAAGCGUUGUGCCUUCAAGAUCCCCAAUAACUGUACCGGCGUGAGGAAAAGACGGUUGUCCAAUGUUUCACUGCCAGGACCAUCCCUAUCCGUUCCGAGAGCACUACCUGCUGAAAAUACAGUGGUUGUUCCUGAUGAGCAACAGCGGUCGCAUCAGGAAGCGGGGAAGCGCAUCCUGUCCUGGAGCGGCAGGCCUAUCUGGAUGGAUAAGAUGGAGAAGACGCGGGUGAAGGUGCCGCACACCUUCGCCAUCCACACUUACACUCGGCCAACCAUCUGCCAGUACUGCAAACGGCUACUCAAGGGUCUCUUUCGCCAGGGAAUGCAGUGUAAAGACUGCAGAUUUAACUGCCAUAAGCGGUGUGCAUCAAAGGUACCAAGAGACUGUUUAGGGGAAGUGGACUUCAAUGGUGAGCCAGCCAGCCCCGGGCCCGAUUCUGAUACCACCAUGGAUAUGAUGGAGGUGGAUAGUGGUGAUAUGGACGGUGGACGAAGUCUGGACGACCCAGAUGAACCAUCCACUCCAGACGGGAUGUUCAGCAUGGACUCUCCCUUCACUGACAGAGAGAAGGAUGAAGAGCCUAUCAAGACUAUAAGUCCUUCAACCAGCAGCAACAUCCCACUCAUGCGGGUGGUCCAGUCUAUAAAGCACACCAAGAGACGGAGCUCCACUGUGGUGAAGGAGGGCUGGAUGGUUCACUAUACAAGCAGGGACAACCUGCGGAAGAGACAUUACUGGAGACUGGACAGCAAGAGUUUGAGUCUUUUCCAGAAUGACACCGGAGCUAAGUUUUAUAAAGAGAUCCCUCUGUCUGAGAUUCUCCAGGUGGAACCGUUCAGAGACUACAGUAAUCUGGCGCAGGGCAGCAACCCGCACUGCUUUGAGAUCAUCACAGCCACCAUGGUCUACUAUGUGGGGGAGAACAACAGCAGCCACUAUCACAGCCCUGCUCUGGCCGCUUCUGGAGUGGGUGUGGAGGUGGCCCAGGGCUGGGAGAAGGCCAUCCGACAGGCCCUGAUGCCCGUCACGCCCCAGCCGAGUGUGGCCAGUGCAGCCGGUCAGGGAAGAGAUCACAAAGAGCUGUCCAUCAGCAUAUCUGUGUCCAACUGCCAGAUCCAGGAGAAUGUGGAUAUUGCCUCGAUAUAUCAAAUAUUCUCUGAUGAGGUGCUGGGAUCAGGCCAGUUUGGCAUCGUGUAUGGAGGGAAGCACAGAAAGAGUGGCAGAGACGUAGCCAUCAAGGUUAUAGACAAGAUGAGAUUUCCUACCAAGCAGGAGAGCCAGUUAAGGAAUGAGGUGGCCAUUUUACAGAAUCUGCAUCAUCCAGGUAUCGUUAACCUGGAGUGCAUGUUUGAGACCCCAGAGCGAGUGUUUGUUGUCAUGGAGAAGCUCCACGGAGACAUGUUGGAGAUGAUCCUGUCCAGUGAGAAGAGCAAACUACCAGAACGAAUCACCAAAUUCCUCGUCACACAGAUCCUGGUGGCCUUGAGGCAUCUGCACUUCAAAAACAUUGUUCACUGUGACUUGAAGCCUGAAAAUGUACUACUGGCCUCUGCAGAGCCUUUUCCACAGGUAAAGCUGUGCGACUUUGGCUUUGCACGCAUCAUUGGUGAGAAGUCGUUCCGGCGGUCGGUUGUUGGCACCCCGGCCUACCUGGCUCCAGAGGUGCUGAGGAGCAAAGGCUACAACAGAUCCUUAGACAUGUGGUCAGUGGGAGUCAUCAUCUACGUCAGCUUAAGCGGGACCUUCCCUUUUAACGAGGACGAAGACAUUAACGAUCAGAUCCAGAACGCCGCCUUCAUGUACCCCCCGACACCCUGGAAGGACAUCUCUGCAGAGGCCACAGACCUGAUCAACAAUCUUCUCCAAGUCAAAAUGAGGAAGAGGUACAGCGUGGACAAGUGUCUGAGCCAUCCCUGGUUACAGGAUUACCAAACAUGGCUGGACCUCAGGGACUUCGAAACGCGGCGAGGCGAGCGCUACAUCACCCACGAGAGUGACGACGCACGCUGGGAGGAGUACGCAGACGAGCACAACCUCCCGUACCCCAAGCACUUCAUCAUGGCUCCCAACCUGGAUGACAUGGACGAGGACCCCUAGUGGUGAAUGAGCUUUACUGCAUUGUGCAUCCACAUGAAGGAAAGAAGACUUUUUUGGAAGCAAUAAAAAAAAAAAA